AGGCGACAAGCAGUCGACCUCGACCAACCAAUACAGACAAACCCUCAUGGUAGAACCCGUCAUGGCGUCUUCCACUCCGGCGAUCACCUCGGGCUAUCGAAUAGACCUCACCGCCGGCAGCUUCGAUGGCCUCCGACUGGACACUUCCCUGCCCGUGGCGUCCCUCAGUCCACAUGACUGCCUCGUGGCCAUCCACGCGGUCUCGCUGAACUAUCGCGACAUUGCAAUGCCGCUCAGGUUAUACCCUGCAUAUACCAAAGAAGACGUCGUGCCCUGCUCGGACGGGGCUGGCGUGGUGGUUGCGGUCGGCAGUCAAGUCGAGUCCCUCAAGGUCGGCGACAAAGUAUGUCCCACGUUCUUCCAGGACUUUGAAGACGGGUAUCCCACUAAGGAAAGUCGCGCAACCAGUCUGGGAGGGUUGAAUGACGGAGUACUCAGGAAACACGCCGUCUUCGGCGAGAGGGGGUUGAUCAAGUUGCCCGCAUUCCUGAGUGCAAGGGAAGCAAGCACCUUACCAUGCGCGGCGUUGACGGCGUGGAAUGCUUUAUUUGGUGUCGAGGGACGCGCGUUAAAGCGCGGAGACUGGGUAUUGACGCAGGGGUCUGGCGGAGUCAGUAUCUUCGCCUUACUGUUCGCGAAAGCCCUUGGUGCGCAUGUUGUCGCCACGACGGGGGACAAAGGGAAGGAGAAGAGACUCCAUGAUCUCGGGGCAGACCUUGUGCUCAACUACCGCGAGGAUCCGAAAUGGGGCAUCGCGGCCAGAGACCAUAUCGAGAAACAAGGCGGCACGGGAGCUCAACACAUCAUUGAGGUUGCCGGUGAAACUUCGAUGGAGCAGAGCCUAAAAGCCGUGGCGCCGGAAGGAAUCAUCUCGAUCAUCGGGUUCCUCGGCGGCGCAGGGACUGGAGAGAAGAAGACUGGGUUCUGGGACUGUUUCACGAGCGCUUGUCUUGUGCGAGGUGUGCUCGUGGGCAGCAAAAGGCAGUUUCGAGACAUGCUCGCUUUCAUGGAGGAGAAAGCUGUGAGACCAGUGAUAGAUGAGAAGGUCUGGAGGUUUGAGCAGGCCAGAGAAGCGUACGAGUAUUUCAGAGCGCAGAAAUUCUUUGGCAAGGUGGUCAUUGACGUUGAAGGAGUGGCAAAGUAAAAAGAGGCUUCACAAGGAGGAGCGCCUCGCGAGGCUGCACU